GGGUAUUUCAUCACACGUAAGACUUAGAUUCCGAGACUCACUUCCAACAAAAUGUCUGGGAUGUUCAUUCUCUGUUUGUGCGCAUGUGCGGUUAUGACGUCAGCGACCAUGUAUCCAAGUUACAAUUAUUAUCCGCAACCUGAAUACUCAAUAUGGUCCGGAAUCAAGGGAAUCCCUAUGACUGGCUAUCAACGUUACAGACGAUCUAUCAUAAUGUCUCAGCCAAGCUACCACUAUGCAACAUAUGGAGGCUAUAGACCAAAUGGUGGAAUGAAAGGCAUUGCACCUAUUGGUGGGAUGAUGCCAGGCAGAGGAGGUUUUGCACCUAUUGGUGGGGUAAUGGCAGGCAGAGGAGGUUUUGGUGGAAUAGUGAAAGGCAGAGGAGGUUUUGGUGGGAUGGUGAAAGGCGGUGCACGCAUUGGUGGGAUGGUGAAAGGCAUUGCACCUAUUGGUGGUGUAAUGGCAGGCAGGGGAGGUUUUGGUGGGAUGGUGAAAGGCGGUGCACGCAUUGGUGGGAUGGUGAAAGGCAUUGCCCCUAUUGGUGGUGUAAUGGCAGGCAGAGGAGGCUUUGGUGGGAUGGUGAAAGGCGGUGCACGCAUUGGUGGGAUGGUGAAAGGCAUUGCACCUAUUGGUGGUGUAAUGGCAGGCAGAGGCUUUGGUGGGAUGGUGAAAGGCGGUGCAGGCAUUGGUGGGAUGGUGAAAGGCAUUGCCCCUAUUGGUGGUGUAAUGGCAGGCAGAGGAGGCUUUGGUGGGAUGGUGAAAGGCGGUGCACGCAUUGGUGGGAUGGUGAAAGGCAUUGCACCUAUUGGUGGUGUAAUGGCAGGCAGAGGAGGCUUUGGUGGGAUGGUGAAAGGCGGUGCAGGCAUUGGUGGGAUGGUGAAAGGCAUUGCACCUAUUGGUGGUGUAAUGGCAGGCAGAGGAGGCUUUGGUGGGAUGGUGAAAGGCAGUGCAGCCAUUGGUGGGAUGGUGAAAGGCAUUGCACCUAUUGGUGGUGUAAUGGCAGGCAGAGGAGGCUUUGGUGGGAUGGUGAAAGGCAGUGCAGCCAUUGGUGGGAUGGUGAAAGGCAUUGCACCUAUUGGUGGUGUAAUGGCAGGCAGAGGAGGCUUUGGUGGGAUGGUGAAAGGCAGUGCAGCCUUUGGUGGGAUGGUGAAAGGCAUUGCACCUAUUGGUGGUGUAAUGGCAGGCAGAGGAGGCUUUGGUGGGAUGGUGAAAGGAAGUGCAGCCAUUGGUGGGGUGACUAAUUGUGGCGGACCUAGGGUAUGCCCAUAAAAAGAGUAUACACAACCAUCUGAAAAUUAAAACUCUGGCUUUGAACUACAUUAAUAAAUUCGAAAAAUUGCACAAUAUCAUAGAAAACUGUUUUUAACGUAAUGAAUUGAUUUUGUUUUGUUUACUGAUAUAUUUUUUUCUGUUAAUGUAUCUAAUAAAACUUUCUUUUUGAAAAA